AUGUGUUUCUUGUUCUUAAAAAAAGAUUACAAUGGAGUGUUUGGAGAAGUUGCUGGUCCAUGUGCUGACUACAAGCCAGGAGAAGAUGACCUUCAGGCAUUUGACUUCAUCAGGAAGUUCAACCUGGAUGUUAUGGAGAGGGAACAUCCAGGGGUAACCAAAGUCAGGGGUUCUAACAAGAUACAGUCAGCAUACAGGCUCAGUAAAGAUGCAGAUCUGAACUUGCCUACUAGGAGUAUUUUUCCUCUUGGGCUGCCAGACAAGUUCAGCUUCAUUGCCACAUUCAGGCAAAGGAAGGUGUCAAGAGUAAGCUGGGAUAUCAUCAGGAUGGUUGACAUGCAAGGGAACCCACAGUUUGCAGUCACUCUUGCGCCCAGGGACAAUGCAGUGCAGUUUUCCAUCAUGAGCAUUGAGGGGAACCUCAUGACAGUGUCUUUCCCAGAAAUCAAGGUUUUUGAUGAAAAAUGGCACAAGCUGCAUUUUGGCAUAUUCAGGGAUGUGAACACAAGGAUUGUAUUGUACUCAGACUGUCAAGAAGUUGGGUCUCAAGUCUUGGAUUUGCCCAUUGGACCCAUUGAUGUCAAUGGGAGAACCCUUAUUUCAAAAACUCAGGGUCAAAGAGACAGGACAGUCUUGAUUGACUUGCAAUGGAUGGUCAUCAACUGUGACCCUACCAGGCCAGAGAGGGAAACUUGUGAUGAACUGCCUGCUCCAGAACCUGAAGAAACAGCCUUGCCACAAGUGCAGGGCCCAAUGUGUGAUGUUACUUGCCCACCUGGCACACCAGGCUACAAUGGUACUGAUGGGCCACCAGGCCCAAGAGGAUUUCCUGGAUUGCAGGGCAUUGCAGGAGUUCCAGGGUUCCCUGGAGUGAAGGGGGAUCCUGGUAUCCCUGGCUUUCCUGGUCCUCCUGGGGCUUCAGGUUUGCCUGGUUUGAGGGGGACACCAGGUCUUACAGGUGGCCCAGGUUUGAAAGGUGAACGUGGCAUUUCUGGGGAAAGAGGAGAAAUG